AUGGCUGAAGAUUCAGAGUUUUGGGAUGUUAUCUGCGAUGGACCCUUCGUCCCUAUGAAGACCAGUGGUGACCCAGCAGUAACAGUUCCCAAAAAAAGAAAGGAAUUCAACGAUGCCGAUCGCAAGGCCAUAGAGAAGAACUCAUGUCAAUCCGCUAAGGAGAUCUGGGAAGCUCUCCAAACAGCUCAUGAAGGGACAACUCAAGUCAAGGAGUCGAAAAUUGAUAUGCUAAUCACAAAAUAUGAGCUCUCCAGGAUGAAGGAUGAUGAGUCCAUUCAGGACAUGCACACUCGCUUCACCUCUAUCAUCAAUGAGCUCCAUUCUCUAGGAGAAAUUAUUCCAAGGAACAAACCUAUCAGGAAAAUACUUAGCGUAUUACCUAGUUCCCGGAAAAGCAAAAAAAAGAAGGACAAUGAUAGAAGAGAGCCCAAAAGGGAGAAAAACCUGGUACUCAAGACAGACAACAAUGAAUCAAGUGGUGAGGAUGCUGAUAUGGCUUACUUGACAAAGAGGUUUUAG